AUGGAACCCCUUCUCAGGUUAAGCGAGCUGUCGGAAAGGCACGCGGACAAGCGAAAGAACUUCGUCUUGAACGAGCGAAAUGUGGCCACGAUCGUCACCUGCCUUAUCAAAGAGGAUCAGUUUGGAAGCUUGCACGUGUGUUUUGAGCUUUGCCGGGAAGGCACGCAGCAAUACGAGGCACGGAGCCGUCGAUGCACGAUGUUGUUCGAUUUAGGCGAGAUUCGGGGUCCGCUAACCAUCGCGACUGUGCGGGGUUUUGACUCGGCUGUCCAGUGA